CAUGUUAUCGAGGAAACGCAUCUCGGCGGAGGCGCGCCACAGCACGCUGCGACGCGGCUUUUGAAACGGUAACAUCACUGAAACCUCGAUCUUUCCUAUUUAUUAUACUUUUAAGAUAUUCUCGGCUGGCGUAGCAGCUGGCCACAGCGUUUUUUAAUUUUUUUCCCCCUCCCAACUCGACGGGCCGAAUCGGCUGCCAUGGAUUUUUAAGGCAUAAUGCGGCACCUGUAAUGCAAUGGCGAUGCAUCGUGCAAGGCAAAACACACUGCGAAACUCCAUCUUCGCAACUGCAAAGCAGUUGGGCUCAAAUACCGUCCGCGGUAUCCCCACGAGCCAGCCGGUACCGCUUCUCCUGGACCGGAGGAAGCUAACGCUAGCUAGCUAGUCACCAGAGCUAGUCGACAUCCACUGAUCCAUCAUCGAUUCAUUUGAACGUCGUUAAACACUACCGAUCAAAAUGAAGCCUCAAGACAUCGUCAGCGGAAAGGCCAGCCUGUGGAUCUUCGGGUACGGGUCACUGGUGUGGAAGCCCGACUUCAAGUACAAGAGGAGCAAGGUCGGCUACAUUCAGGGCUACAAGAGACGCUUCUGGCACGGAGACAACUUCCACCGGGACGACGAAUUGCCCGGAAGAGUGGUGACGCUCAUCGAGGAGGAUGACGCGAGCACUUGGGGCGUGGCGUUUGAGGUGACGGGCUCUCAGAUGGAGGAGUCUCUGAGCUACCUGAACGUGCUGGAGACGGCCUGCGGCGGCUACAUCACCCGGCUGAUGGAUUUCUUCCCUGACGGGGAGAGCCACGCUCCGGUUCAGGCGCUGGUGUACAUCGCCACGUCCGACAACCCCCGCUACCUGGGGCCGGCCAGCCCGGAGGAGAUCGGCGCCCAGAUCGCCGAGCAGGGCAAGACGGGCCACAACCUCGAGUACCUGCUCCGCCUGGCCGAGUUCAUGAGGAGCAGCUGCCCGCACGUGGAAGACCACCACCUGUUUGCCAUCGAGGCGGCGGCGCUCACCGUGGUGUCCUAUCUGUUAGCGGCUCAGUAGCUCGUACCCAUUGUUUCACUCAUAAAUGAAUGCACUACAAAUGAGGAUUUUACCUGUCAUGUUUUGUGUUCAGUAUCAUUAAACACUACCAUCCAAGGUUUCUAUUUACAUUCAGUCCACUGGAGUGGGCAGAAAUAAGAGGAAACAUGUUUGUUUUUGGAAACCACCAUAAUUCGGUAACACGUUUUUACCAAAAUGUUAUCAAUAGGAAAAAAAUCUGUGGUAUUACUUUUUUUUUUUUUUUUUUUUUUUCUAAUGCAUGACCAUGUUUUAUUUGCACUGUUUAGAUUCCGUCCACCUCACUCAAAAAGGAACGGGAGUCUCUUGUGCUGUUAAAA